AUGCCUUCCGCUUCUGUUCCCCUUUCUUCUGAAGCCUCGGUCGAAUUCAAGUCAUAUAGUGAGGAAACAGACUGUUCUGCAGAAGGAAACCCGGAGCCAAUCGUUCGCUCGCAGACACUGAUCUACCGCUGGAAUGAAUCGCAAUGGUGGAUUAAAGUGAGGUUUCAAGGCGAUGUGUACAGCUUGUUGGAUGAACCUAGAGUCGGACCUAGGACCACGAGACGGGAACGUCGCGAGGAGUUUCGAACCUUUGUCAGACUCAUAGACUACCGCAGGCUUCCUCCUCUUAACGACACUGUCACGGAAUUGGUUUUAGACGAAAUUGUGAGAGGACACGCUUCCAGACUUGUUAUGCAUGCGAAUGAAGAAUCGAACCAUAACCACUUUGUGAAGAUCGCCGCCAAAUUGAAAUGGGCCGUUCAGGAAGAUCCUUCACGAGUUGUUUAUCCAACGUAUGAUGAAUUUCCUUCUUUUCAUGCUAUCGACUUGAACGAGCUUUCAGAUCAGACCGAGAUUGCGGACGGUGUCUUCCGAGUUCUCAACGUCAACAACAACACACCUUAUAUACUCAAAGUUGUGAACCGGCCCCUCUACUAUCCCCAUGAUACAAAAGUCAUCCGCAAUGAGCUCGAGAACAUUGAGAUAAUCCGAAACGUGCCAGGAAUUGUACAAGCGGCCGGUGUUGCAGUCUCUACAAACCCGUAUAAGACAUCAAGCACAAGUGAUCAACCUCCUGUUAUCGUGGGUAUCGUGCUGGAAUAUUAUAGCGGUGGCUCUUUGAAGACACUCUUAAAGGAACAUUGCCUGCUUGACUUUGCUUGGGAACGGUGGGCUCUACAAAUCGCUACCGCAUUGGCCUGUUUUCACAUGGCCGGAAAAACUCACUUGGAUAUUAAACCGGCAAACAUUGUUAUUGAUGCAGAUGGAAAUGCAGUUCUUAUCGACAUAAGUGGUAUUGGUGGUUAUACACAUGGGUGGCGUGCCCCAGAGAUCCUUGGUGAAGUACAACCUAGUGAGCUCCCAUUUGCGGUGCGUCGAUCAAACGACACCUGGGCUUACGGAAAGGUUUUGUUGGAACUCGUUCUACAUGCAGGGGACAGCCCUUUUGUGAGAGCACUCAGGCAGAUUUCUGGUGAUCUCAUGAUCGAGGAUAUGCAUGAGCGCAUGACUUUGCUUGAAGCUAUCCCGAAACUGGCGUGCUGCAGUGUUAAGUCCCAUAGUUUAUGCAAAUAG